AUGAAGCUCUCGCUGUCUUUCGUUGCACUGGUUGCCUGCGCGAAUGCAACAUUUUCUCCUCUCGUCGAUGUCGAUACACGGUCUUUAAACGAUAUCUACACUGCGGCCAAGAAGGAGAAUGGAACUCUGCAAGUCUUCUGGGGAGGGGAUGCCGGAGCAGCGGGCGACGAAGUCCGAACGUCCUUCGCGAAGCGAUUCCCAGACGACAAGAUCAAUCUGACCGUAGAGCUGUCCAAGUAUCACGAUAACCAGAUCGAUCGAGGGUGGUAUGAGGGCAAGCAUGUUGCGGACGUUGCGUGGUUGCAGACGACGCACAACUAUCCUCGAUGGAAGCAGGAGGGCAAGCUGGUGAAUUAUAAGCCUCCUACGUUCAACGAUAUCUUGAAUGGCGAAAAGGACUUCGAUGGGGCUUGGAUGGCUGCUUCACUUUUUGGUUUCGGCCAGAUGGUCUACGACAGCUCCAAGAUCAACGCCUCUGAAGUGCCAACCUCAUACGCUUCCAUCACCGACCCGAAAUUCAAGGGCAAACUCAUCCUCACUUACCCCAACGACGAUGAUGCAAUCGCCUACCUCUUCAGCCUAAUCAUUGGCCGUUACGGCCAUGAAUGGCUCUACGCUCUCGCGAAGAACGACGUCCAAUGGGUUCGUGGCACUUAUACUCCAGCUGCACUUCUUACUCAGGGACACAACACCACCUCCAAACGCUCGCUCUCGUUCACAGCCUACAAUCUAGGAGUUCCUUUCCUCCUAUCGAAAGACAUCGAAGCCCCCGAGCAGAAGAUCUCCUGGGUGCAGGACAUCGCCAUUAUCAAAGGGACAAAGAUGCUCGAGUCGGCGAAGCUCUUAGUAGCGUGGUUGACGAGUGUCGAGAGGCAGAGCGAGCCGAAUUACUUUGGGUUUGCCAGCGUGUUGGAUAGUGUGAAUCGAAAGAAUGGGUUGACGCCGUAUCAGCAGAAUAACACGCAGGUGACGGGAUUUCGGUCGUGGGAGUUGAACCGGGCGAAUGUGGAGUUUUGGAAGACUACGUAUGAAGAGGUCUUGGGGACACCGCAGGGUUUGGGCCCGUUGCAGAUGUUUCCUAAUGCUGCUUGA